UCAUAUGUUGUUCUUCAAGAAGAAGCACUCCGUGCGACCUCUAAGUGCGCCAAUGUUCAACUUGUACCAAUCGGUCAACAAGAAGGAGCAGGAUGAGAAGGAAUCCAACGUGAUCGGCCACGACCGUUGGUACCAGGAGAGAACGUCGAGGUCCAGCCUGAGGAAGAAGAAGAGACCACCGAGGAGAGCACAGAGCGCUGCCGAAUUUCCGUCGCAGACGUUGAACGCUGCGAAUAGGAGGGCUGCGUUCAGGACUAGGAGUCAGAGUUCUGAGAAUAAGGAGGCUGAGAGUGCGGUAGCUCCUUCGACGAAAUCUACGCCUACUUUGACGGAUUCUUUCGCGAAAUUGUUGUUUGUCAAGAGAUCUUCGUCAACACAAAAACAUGAAUAUAGCGCUCUGAAGACAGAUGGCGGUUGUGAGAAAUAUAGACUGGAGAAACAAGCGAAAACCGGCACCUUCCUUGCCUGUAAGCAAUACUUAGCUGAUAAUGACAGAUACGAGCUGAAUGGUCAAUUGUGCAACCUAGGUUCAAGAGUAGAUAAACAUUGGUUUACCGUCCAAGAUAACGUACUUGGUGCUGAAAGACUUCUCGUCCUUCUACCAUUGCCGUCCACAUGUCCUAUUCUACCGAACGAGAACAACAAGAGGAACCUAUUGGAGUUGUUCAGAGGCCUUCAACAUCCCUACAUCCAUCCAAUUUUAGAUAUCGAAUUCUGGGAAGCUGGAGCAGGUCUAGUUAUGCCUUUGAACCCAGACGGUAGCUUGAGAGAUCUCAUAUACGGCUCUCCUUGGCAAGAGGAGUACAGUGAAAAGUACCAUGGUAGAGGGGAAGGUUUACCUCUGAAAACGAUACAAUGCCUUGGUCGCCAGAUUUUGGAGGGUCUCCUCUUCCUCCGAAACCGAGACUACCCCCCUUUCCAUCACCUCCAUUCUGGCAACGUAAUAAUCCAGAACGGAGUCGCCCGAAUAGCAGGCCUGGAGAACACCCUCUUCGGCCUCCCUCCAAAACCUCCAAGUCCCUUCGAAACCAUAGCCUUCGGCUACUUGCUCUACGAGAUGGCCUCGGGCUACGAACUGACUGCACCUCCAACCGCCGCCCACCUCCAAUUGGAGUUGGAGAGGUCGCCGAAGGUUGCAGAAACGAUAGACCUGAUUUUCCAGAAUCCCAGGCCGCCCACGUUGGAGGAAGUGAUAUACAGCGAGCUGUUCAGGGGGGUGGAGCUCAGGGAGUUGAGAGGGGCUGCUAUUAUCCAGAAUAGGCUGUCGCCGGAGGUUAUUGAGCUGUUGGAGGUAGUGAGGAACCCUGUGCCUCCUUCGCCGGUGAGGCGUCGACUUUACGAAGAUAGUCUAGCACCUUGGUUCUCGUGAAAAUGGAAAAGAUGUGAUCGUGGUGAUAGAGGAGAGGAGGUUAGAGGACAUUCUAGAAGAAGACAACGAAGAUAGUGAUACAAAUAGUAACGCUGACGCUGACGCUAGGUAGUGAUAGAGAAAAUGUAGCUCAGAGGGUUUAGCCAGUAGAGGUAGACAGCUUUUUUUAAGAAAUGUACUUGUGGCCAAAUUUUGGACCAAAGCAAAUGUGUCCAAAGAAAUUUUGAAUGCUUGAAUGGAAAUUUUUCAAUGUUUUAUUGAAUACAGCAAUAAGAAGAAUAUUGAGAUAAGGUUUAAUUGUAAGUCGAAUAUUUUAAAAAUAUUCUCAAUAGUAUUUUCAAAGAAAUGGUAACGUAAUGAACUCUAAAUUUAAAUACUUGAUAAUGGAUGAAUUAUAUCGAAUAUACAGGGUGAUUCAUAAACAUAUGUCUUUACUUUGUGGGGAGUUUUCUUAGCCAAAAAUAAAGAUUGUUUGACAUAUGAAUUUUACUCAUCCCCUGUCAAGACAAGAUAGAAAAUGGUCAACUAUUUUGAUUUUUUUUUCUCAUGGACUGAUUAUAACAUCGGGACGAAAUUUGGCAGAAAUUAUAACCUUUUUGAAAUAGUUAUAACCAAAUUUUUACAACUUUCCACUCUACUUAUGAGUUUUUGCCUCAAAACUUUUCGAUGAAUUGGAAACACCUUUUAGCUAUCUUUCAUUCAUCACGAAAUCAAUAGUAAAUCAAAGCUGAUCUUUGGCUAUGGAACUCGCUCAUAAAGACAUCUAUUCAUAAAUCUCCCUGUAUAAUAUUUUUGCAUGCAAAUUAUAAAUACACUCUCAAUUUUUUCUAAGUCACCAAAACGAAAUUUCUUUAUGCAUUAUCAAUAAUUUUUUAUAAAUAAGCAGGGUAUAUAUAUAGAAUCAAUGCAUCAAUAAUUGAACCCAAAAGAUUUAUGCUUGAAAAAUUUCCGAAAAUUCAGAAAUUAAUGAAACGGGUAAUGAAUUCAUGUAAAAUCCUUCGAAUAAAUAUUUGACAAAGAAUUUCUAUAUCUUAAUUUUUGAACUGAUUUCAUUCCACGAAUUGUAAACUGAAGCGAAUAAUUAAAAACAAAUAUUCUAGAUGGCAAUAAAAUUUGAAACGAUGUACGUAUUUUAAAAACAAUCAAGUGGUGUUAUGAUGUUGAUUGAUGUAUAGAAUAAUUGGAGAUUGAUAGAUUUAAUCGAACUAAUAGAUAUUUUUCAAUGGCUAGACUUAGCAAUAUUUCCUGUACUAUAGAAAAAGCCUGCGUCUAGCUGUCCUUUAGGACUUAACAUGCAAGUAUGCUAGCUCAAAUUUAGCAAAAAUGAGAUAUCUCAGAAAUAAAAAAUAUUUUUCGUAUCUUGUCUUCAGUUAUGUUGGAGGCAUCAUAGAAUGGAUCACCACAUUGCUCAAAGUGUGUGUCCACUCCUUUUCUUCAUUUUAGUAUGUUAUAAGUGGGUUAAAAGAUAUUAAUUUUGAGAUAUCUCUUUUUUGUCGAUGCAAAAAGCUGAGAACAUAUCUUCACCGUCCUUAUACAGAAUAGUCAAUUCAAUUACUAAGACAAUGUUUUCUCACAGAUUGCAGGUACAGGUACAUAUGUUCAGGAGCAAAAAGAAAUCCAAAUAUAUUUGUCUAUAUUAUUGAAUAAUAAAUAUAAUAAAUCUUUUCAUUUCGACAAUCAAUGUUUCGAAAUCUGAUGACAAUAUAGAAACCAUUGUUAUUGUUAGUUAUGGAAGAAGUAAUCAUUUGCCACAUCAUUGAGUCUUUCUGAUAUUCUCAUUAAAUAUCGAUUAUUAUUAUUGUUAAUUUUGCCCGAUUUCAAUAAAAUGUCGAACUUU